AUGCUCACCACAGAACUCAUUGAGCUCCCGACAUCUUUUACCAAGAGUCGGGUCCACUCGCUUUAUUCUGACUUUCGCAAGCUUGCAGAGUCAAACCCUGAAGGAUACUCGGCUAACAUUGCCGCAUGGAAAUCCGCGCUUUGGGUGGUCCUGGGUACUCCUGGAUUAAUGCCCGAUACGUUACUCUUGACGGCCGAUGCAGACCUUAUUGCCCUAUUUGAUACAAGCUUGCUAGGGACUCCGCUAGCUCUAGAUACAGUGUUUGAUCAGUUGGUGAAAGAUGGCACGUUGAUUCCUCUUAAACAGUUUGUUGACCCGGCACGCGCACCGAUUCGCAGCAGCAGACCAUGGUGGAGCAACGUACCGACUCCGCGUAGUGCAUUUUCAUGGGCGUUAUCUAAAACCGGGUUUUACGACCCCAACUGGCAUUCAGCACUUAAUAGAGUCCACGGGACUCUUCGGCCAGAACGCUAUGUUGCCGUAUCAUGCAUUGAUACCAUGUCAAAUCUUCUUCUUGAUGCUAUCCGCAAGGACUAUGCCGCCACAAGCAAGACACACCACGAGGUUAUCACCAUCGGAACCCCUGGGGGGUAUACCCGAUCUGUUUAUACCAAGGAACUUUUUUACACACUUUACAAUACCCUCAGCGUGCCGCCCAAAACUCCUCCAUAUACCACUUCACAACGGGUAUCUGUGAAUCUCAGUGAAACUGAUUUGGACGUUUUGCUCGAGUACUUGUCCAAAGAUAAGCCUCGGUUGGUAUACAAAGAUGAUACUAUCAAGAUUGACUUGAGUGCGGAGCAGGUUAGCGAUCUUGUACCCAUUUCAGAAAAGGACCGGGCCGUGGCCAACAUGCGCGGGACAAUUGAGGCGGUUUUACAUCGGGUAGAUACAUUGAGUGCACAUAUUACAGUCUGUGAAGACAAGGCUCGCGUGGCUUUGGCUGCUGGGCGGAAACCAGUUGCACGGUACGCGUUGAGGUCACGCCGAUUAGCGCAAAGCUCUCAGGAAAGUGCACUGGGAAUGCUGGCCAAUUUAGAGACAACACUACACAGCAUUGAUACGGCUACGGAUAACGCUGGUGUCAUGGCGGCGCUGCAGAGCGGCAUACAUAUUCUUACAAACUUGAAUAGUGAAAUUGGAAGCGUUGAAAAGGUCGCUGAGCUUGUGGACGAGUUGGACGAGGCAGUUGCAGAUACAGAAGAGAUUGGCCGACAAAUUGGGACCUUAUCUCAGGUGGAUGAGGAUCUCGUCGAAGACGAACUACAAGAGUUGCUGCAAGAGCAGCAAGAGCUUCAACUUCCAAGCGUGCCAACUACCCCUCUCCCCAAGGUGGAAGAAAAAGAAGAGGAAUUACUUUCAUCUCAAUUAAACAAAAUUCAAAUAUCAUAA